CUGUGUAUGAAAAGAAAGAAUGAAUCUUUUAUUAUAAAUGAAAAAAAAAAAAUUAUUGAACAACGAAAGAAAAAAUAAAUAUAAUUUACCUAUGUAGUUUGUUAUUGAGAAGAUGAUGUGGUAAAGUGAGAUGGAUAAAACCGGCAUGAAACAAUGUAUUAAGAGAGGGAGUUGUUGUAUAAAAAUUGUUGAUAAAGAGGGGUAAAGUGAGAGGAAAAAAAAUUCUGGAACAUGCUGGGAGGCUGACCAGCAUGGUUGUCGAUGUGGUUAGAAAGCCUUUAAACUAUAUACAAUUUAGUCUCUCUGUUUCUCAGGUAUCACACUGAUGUAGUUUUUUUUUUUUUUUAAAUUAAAUUCAUUUUUUAACUAAUUAAUUAUGAAAAUCAAUAAUCAUUAAAGUUAUUAGUGUUUAAUUUACAUUGAAAUAUCAUUUUUUUCAAAUCGAAAUAUUAUUUUUUUCAAAUCGAAAUUUUGUUUUUCAAAUCGAAAUUUUUUUUCUUCAAAUCGAAACUUUUUUCUUCAAUUCGAAAUAUUUUUUCUACAGCCGAAAUAUUUUUUUUUAAAUCGAAUUAUAUUUGUUUUUCGAAUCAAAGUCUUUUUUUGCAUAAAUAAAAGUAUUUUUUUUAUUAAAAUAUAAUUUUUUUUCUACUAGAAAUAAUUUUUUUUAAAUAAAUUAUUAAUUAAUUUAUUUUUGUGAUAGUUUUGUGUAUAUUUUUAUGUGUUUUGUUUGUGUGGGGUCUUAUUCUACCUUAUUAAGUUAUUUAAAUUUUAAAAAUAAAUCCCCUCCCAAGUUGUUUAAUGCAAGUGUAUGCGUUGUUGAUAGUAUACCUCGUGUAAACGGUACCAGUUUGGUGCCAGUUGCGCGAGCGCGAUCUAUCUGAUGCUGUAUUUAAGUGUAUUCAUCGAUCGAUUAUAAAUUUAAUCAAGCUUCUAUUAACUCGGCGGACUUGAAUAACCAUCAGCAAUAAAAACCGAGAGGAAAAAAAAAUAUAAAAAUCAGAAAAGAAGAGGUCACGAUAUUCUCGCAGCUUGGAGUUCUUUCUACUGUUGUCUGUUGUUGCCUCUCACCUCUUUGCCUUUCAUUUCUCGUUUAUAAAUUUACUUGUCUUUAUUAUUUUCCACAUCAAUAAGACAGUUAAAUCAUUAAUUUUUACAUUUGUGUCACAUGUGCUAGUGUUUUUAAAAUACAAAAAUAAAAAAAUAAAAUCAGUGCUUCUACAUGUGUAUAGAAAAUAUUUACGACAGGUUGUGAAAAUAAAAGAAAAAAUAAGUGAUAUGAUGGCCUACAUGGAAUCGACUAUUUGCCAAGUAAAAACGGGAAAAUUCGUGGACUGACUGGAAAUACAAGUGCAACAUAAAUGGAAAAGAAUUUAGAAAAUAAAAUAUAACAUUUAAAAAAUAAAUAUAUUUUUUAUUUUCAAAUAUGGGACAAGCUUGGUGCAAGGAAAGGUCAUCAAAAGCUCAAGAUUCAAAGUCACCUUUGGAUCGUGUGUUUUUAAGAUGUGCACAUCGGUUGUACCCUGGGUUGAAAGAAGAAGGCUCGGUGUUGGGUGGCGCGACACAAAGAGUUACCAGUUCAGAGAUUGGAUAUGCUGGAUCACCAUCUAGAGAUAUGUUGACAAGAGGAAGUAGUAUUGAUUCUGUUGAUCGACCAUUUCAACCAAGUGAUUGGGUUGAUGUUAAUCUUGAAGUUCCAAAUACACCAAGAGCAAGUUCAGCUAUGACUAAUCGAACAUUUGAUACAACUAUUUAUCACACAACAACACCAUCAUCAAGCACAAACUUUUUAGGCUGUAAUUUAAAGAAUGCCACACCAGUACCUCCACCAAGAAGAAAAAAAAAAAUUCGAGAUAGGCCAUUACCACCAAAACCAGAUGAAGUAUCACCAUCAUCAGACAAUAGUAUUGAGCCACUUUAUUCAUCAAUAAAUAAAAUAAAAAAUAAAGAAAAAAAAAAUAAUAAUGAAUUUUUAAAAAUUAAUGGUAUUGAUAAAUCAAUUCCAAGUGUUGUUGUUUCUGGAUGGAAAUCAGAUGAAAAUAUAUCUAGUCAACAAAAUGAUUCAAUUAUUAAAAAUGGCAGAUUAUCAAGUACAGUUAGUUUGCCAAAUUAUGAUGAAUUAAUAACAUCAAAUAAAAUUACCAAUCAAGAUACAUUGAGUUGUGAUGAAAUUGAUGAUUCAAUUGAUUUGAAAAAUAAAAUAAUUCUUGAUAAUAGAAAAACAUCAACACCAAUCAAGAAUAAUAAUAAUAUAGAUGAAAAAAAAAAUGUCAACAAUGAUGGAUGGUUAUUAAAUGAUAAUAAAAAUAUUUGUGAAUCAUUAAUUUCUGAUUCUGUUGAAAAUAAAGAAUCAAAUGAUCAAUCAGAUGUUAAAUCAAAAGUUCAAAGUUUUCUUGUUUCAGAAGGUUCAAAAGAUGAUUUAUUUUUUGAUGCUGAAGAUACAAAAAGAACAUGCUCAUUAGAUCGUCAUAAAGAUCCAGAAUUAAAAAAAUUUACCCAAUUAAAACGCUCAUUAUCAAAUGACAGUGAAACAUUUGAAAAUUUUGAAGAUAAACGUUUAAGUAUUGCACCAUCAUCACAAACAGAUUCAACACCAAAAAAUUUAACACGUUCAAUAUCUGAAGAAUCAUUUCCAAGUGUAUUAAUGGAAUAUCAAGAUGAUUUUUUUGAUGAAAAAAUAGUAAAAGAUACUAAAAAUGAAAUAACUAAAAUACGUGAAGAAUUAGAAGCUGUUAAAAAUGAAGUUAAAACACCAUCAUCAAGUCCAGAGCCAAUAAUUAAACCAGAUAUACAAAAAAAUGAUUCUUCAUUAUUAUUAAGUGUUAUUAAUAAUAAUAAUGAAAAUGAAGAAAGUAAUUUAAGCUCAAUGACACCAAGUUUAAAUGAACUUGAAGCAGCAUUAUCAGAUAUGCUUGAAAAAACAGAUGAACAUGAUAAUUAUAAUAUUGAUAAUAAUGACAUUUAUGAAACACCAAAUGAUGUAUUAUUAGAAAAUCCAAUUGAGCCAAAUAUUGUUAAAUUAAUAUCUGAUAAUAAUAUUAAUGAAUUAGUUGAUAUUGAUUUAAAUAACGAUACAAUUGUCAAUGGUUUUACAAAAACAAUACCUAAAAUUCGUAGCCUCGAUAGAAAUGAUCAUUUACAUCCACCGGAAAAACCAAGUAGAUUACUUAGAAUUAGUCUUGAUUCAUUGGUUAAUAAUGAUAAAAUUCCAACACCACCAAAAAGAAAAAAUCGUAGUUCAAUUGGGUUCAAAGAAAAUUCAAGUCCUGAACCAUAUCACAAUGACAGACUGAUUUAAUAAUCAAUAAACAUUUUAAUUUUAUGAUUUAAAAAAAUUUUCAUUCAAAAGUUUGUCUAUUUUUUGAUUUUAAAUAAAAAAAAAAUUGUUUUCUUAUUUUUCUAUCUUUGUCAUCAACUUUAAGAUAGAUAGAAACAAAAAAAAAUGUAUCAAAACUUUUGAAAUGUUUGAAAAACUUAAAUAAAAAAAAAAUAAAUAUUCACCAAACGAAGUGGCAUUUUCACGAUCACGUUGGUAAAGCUGAAAAUGUUGAAAAUGGUUUUGAAAAAAAAAAUAUAAAAAAUUGAAGAUUGGUUGUGCAUAAAAAAAGAAAAAAAAAUAGAAAAAAAAUAAAAGACGUAUACAUGAAUGUUUCGUCAAGUCGUUGAGUCUUCAACUUGUCAAGUACUUGUGAGAGUAAUCGGGUAAAACUUUUUGACUUGUGUAUAUCCUGUAUAUCUGAGUGUUGAAAAAAAAAAAAUAUACCAAGUGCAAAGUGUACGUCUAUACCCACAAACUUUAUAACGAACAUAUGCUAUCAAGUUGGGUAAAAAUAAAAAAAAAAUCUACUCCAAUUUCUUGAUUCAUAUCCUUUGGCUAAAACCUGAUGAGCAUAAAAUAUAAAAGUGUAAAUUUAUCAAUUCAAAUAAAUAUUUUUCACAAAUAUUUAUCACUUUUUAAAAAACCAAAUAAAAAAUAACAUAAAGAACAAUUAAUUAUUGAAAUAAAAACAAUCAAAAAUACAAAAAAAUUAUAUCAAACAAAAUUUUUCUUUAUUGAUAAUAUUAAUAUUUCUCUAUGUAUUUAUUAUAAAUAAAUUUAUAAAUUAUCAUUAAAAUAAUGUGUUAAUUUAUCUAAACAAUAAAAUAUAUAUAUUUUUAUGUAAAUAAAUUUACAUGAAUAAAUAAAUUAGUACUUAAUUAAUAAAAUAAAAAAUACAAAAAAAAAAAA